UCCAUCAUGAGAGGCCUCCAUCACCUGUGCCCACGUGUGUGUCCAUGAAGAGUGACCAGUCAGAUGAUCGCUUCAUACUCUUCAAACAUGAUGAUGUCACAGAUGGAUCAGUUGGCCAAAUGGAAAGAUGCAGCGCAGAUGCCAUCAGUGACCAGUUUGCCCAGGAGGACCUCAAGCAGAUAUUCCAGACGCUUGAGGAGAAGAUCAUCACCUUUGUGAAGAAUGAGCUGAAGAGAUUCAAGAAGAUUGUGAGUCCAGAUUACCAAGAACACUUUGAGGGUAAAAAGCAGGAUGAGAGUGAUGCCAGAGAAGGGACUCUUAAGAUGGCACUGCACUUCCUGAGGAACAUGAAAAAGAAUAAUAUUGCUGACAAACUGCAAGAAAAUGAGCAGGAUGUUGUUUGUCAAGCUGAGCUGAAGAGAAAUCUCCAGAGCAAGUACCAGAGUUUAUUUGAAGGCAUACCCAAGCAAGGGAGCUCUGCUCUGCUAGAAAAGAUCUACACAGAGGUCUACAUCACAGAUGGAGGAAGUGGGAAAGUAAAUGAGGAGCAUGAAGUCAGGCAGAUUGAGUCCAAAUCCAAGAGACCAGCUGGACAAGAGACACCAAUCAAAUGCAGAGACAUCUUUCAGCCCCUACUUGGCCAAGACAAACCAAUCAGAAGUGUCAUUACGAAGGGAGUAGCUGGCAUUGGCAAAACUGUGUCAAUUCAGAAGUACAUCCUGGACUGGGCUGAGGGGAAAGAAAGCCAGGAUAUCCACUUCAUAUUUCCGCUGUCUAUUCGGGAGCUGAACAACAUGAAAGGAAAGCAAUUAUCUUUGAUCAAUCUUCUCCACAACUUUUUCUCAGAAAUUAAGCAGUUGACUUUUCCCAACCAGAAUAAGUACAAAGUGUUGUUCAUCGUUGAUGGCCUGGAUGAAUGUCGACUCGGACUAGACUUUCAGAAAAAUGAAAUCUUGACUGAAGUGACAAAGGUCACUUCAUUGGAUGUUCUCCUGACAAAUCUCAUCAAGGGUAAUGUGCUUCCCUCUGCUCUGCUUUGGAUCACCUCUCGACCAGCAGCAGCCAAUCAAAUCCCUCCUGAGUGUGUUGACCGGGUCACAGAAGUACAAGGGUUCAGUGACCCACAGAAGGAGGAGUACUUCAGGAAGAGGAUCAGUGAUCAGGAUCUUGCCAACAAAGUUAUCACUCACAUAAAAUCAUCAAGAAGCCUCCACAUUAUGUGCCACAUACCAGUGUUUUGCUGGAUUGCUGCCAAUGUUAUUGAAUUUCUUCUUAAGUCCGAAGGAGGUAAGCAAGUUCCACAGACUUUGACAGAGAUGUACACAUAUUUCCUUGUUUUCCAAACCAAGCAGAGGGGUCUGAAGUUUGAAGGAGUUUAUGACACUGAUCCACAGUGGAAUGAGGCUAGUCUCCUUGCUCUUGGAAAGUUGGCUUACGAGCAGCUGAAGAAUGGCAACCUGAUCUUUUAUGAGGAAGACCUGAGAGAGAGUGGUAUCGAUGUCAGAGAGGCAGCAGUACACUGUGGCAUCUGCACCCAGAUCUUUAAGGAAGAGUCAGGCCUUUAUCAGGAAAAGUUGUACUGCUUUGUGCAUCUGAGCAUCCAGGAGUACCUUGCAGCUUUGUAUGUGAUCCUGAUGCUAAUAAAUGAGGGGAAAGAUCUCAUGUCCCCACAGCAACCCCCCAGAGCAGCGUCUCAGCUUCUGAAAUGGCAAACAGCAGGCAAUCCCAUGACCACCUUACAGAAGAGUGCUGUGGACAAAGCUUUGGAAUAUGAAGAUGGGCGCUUUGAUCUGUUCCUCCGUUUCCUUCUUGGCCUCUCUCUGGAAUCCAACCAGAGACCCUUGAGAGGCCUAAUAAAGGAAGUACAACAUGAAAGCAAAGAAGAAAUUGUCAGCUACAUAAAGACAAAGAUCAAGGAGAUAACAUCAACAGAAAGAGUUCUCAACCUCUUCCACUGUCUGAAUGAAGUCAAUGAUCACUCCUUAGUGGAGGAGGUCCAGAGCUUCCUGAGUGCAGGGACACUUUCUGCAGCCAAACUCUCAUCCGCACAAUGGUUAGCGCUUGUGUUUGUGCUUCUGACAUCAGAAGAAAAGCUGGAUGUGUUCGAUUUGAAGAAGUACAGCAGGUCUGAUGAAUGUCUCCUAAGGCUGCUGCCAGUAGUGGAGGAUUCCCAAAAGGCUCUGCUCAACAGUUGUGGGCUCACUGAGAGGAGUUGUGCAGGUCUGGCAUCUGUCCUCACCAAAGCGUCUUCAAAACUGAAAAAUCUGGACCUCAAUGACAACAGUAUUGGAGAUAAUGGUGUCCAAGAAUUGUGUAAUGGACUGGGUAACCCAAACUGUGCACUGGAGACACUGAGCUUGGAUAACUGCAGCAUUAAAGAGGAAGGCUUCAGAGCUCUUGCAUCAGCACUGAGAUUUAACCCCUCACACAUGAGAGACCUGCAGCUGAGUGGGAAUAAAGCAGGAGACUCAGGAGUGAAGCAUCUUUCUUCUCUUCUGGAGAAUCCCAACUGUAAACUGGAGAAGCUACACCUGUAUGACUGCAGUAUUGGAGAGGAAGGCUUCAGAGCUCUUGCAUCAGCACUGAGAUCAAACUCCUCACACAUGAUAGAGCUGCAGCUGAGUGGGAAUGAAGCAGGAGACUCAGGAGUGAAGCAUCUUUCCUCUCUUCUGGAGGAUCCCAACUGUAAACUGGAGAAGCUACAUCUGGGUAACUGCAGUAUUGGAGAGGAAGGCUUCAAAGCUCUUGCAUCAGCGCUGAGAUCAAACCCCUCACACAUGAGAGACCUGCAGCUGAGUGGGAAUGAAGCAGGAGACUCAGGAGUGAAGCAUCUUUCUUCUCUUCUGGAGGAUCCCAACUGUAAACUGGAGAAGCUACACCUGUCAGACUGCAGUAUUGGAGAGGAAGGCUUCAGAGCUCUUGCAUCAGCACUGAGAUCAAACCCCUCACACAUGAGAGAGCUGCAGCUGAGUGGGAAUGAAGCAGGAGACUCAGGAGUGAAGCAUCUUUCUUCUCUGCUGGAGGAUCCCAACUGUAAACUGGAGCUCUCUGACUGCAGUAUCACAGAGAAGGGCUGUGCUAGUCUGGCUUCAGCCCUGAGGUUAAAUCCCAAAUACCUCAGAGAGCUUGAUCUCAGAGGAAAUGAUCCAGGGAAAUCUGGAGUCAAACUGCUUUUAGACCUAAAGGAGGAUCCACAGUGUACACUGAGAAAUGUCCAGUAA